UUGGAUGGAGGACUCUUCUUUCAAGGCAGCCAAUUGAGUCAUCAGCCUGCCACCCACCUGACCGUCUGACAGCUACCGGAAGCUUUCGCCAGUGAAGCCGUCAUGACAGACCUGGGCUGCAAAAAGCCCAGCGACUGCACUGUGUCAAAAGUGGUGGAGAGCGAACUCCGGGCUGGGAGAGACAAAGGCGACCCCACCGAGAAGCAGCUCCAGGUCAUCUUGGAGGACGCGACACUCUGGCAGCGAUUCAGGGAAGUCACUAAUGAGAUGAUCGUGACCAAGAACGGCAGGCGCAUGUUCCCUGUCUUAAAGAUCAGCGUAUCGGGCUUGGACCCAAAUGCAAUGUAUUCCUUCCUGUUGGACUUUGCCCCCACUGAUGGCCACCGCUGGAAGUACGUGAAUGGAGAGUGGGUGCCAGCUGGGAAACCGGAGCCGCCGAACCACAGCUGCGUCUACAUCCACCCGGAUUCUCCCAACUUUGGGGCCCACUGGAUGAAGGCUGCCAUUUCCUUCAGCAAAGUCAAGCUUACCAACAAGCUCAAUGGCAGCGGGCAGAUAAUGUUGAACUCCCUGCAUAAAUACGAGCCUCAGGUACACAUAGUUCGUGUGGGAGGCCCCCACCGGAUGGUGAUGAACUGUUCCUUCCCUGAGACCCAGUUCAUAGCUGUGACUGCCUACCAAAAUGAAGAGAUAACAGCUCUCAAAAUCAAGUAUAAUCCCUUUGCCAAAGCCUUCCUGGAUGCAAAGGAAAGAAACCAUCCAAAGGAUGCUCCAGAAACAGUCUCUGAAGGUCAACAUAUGACAUAUUCUCACUCCCCACACACACCCCAUGGCUGUGAGCGAUACUCAACCCUCCGAGGACAUCGGGCUGCUCCGUACCCACCUUCGUACAUGCAGAGAAAUCACUCGCCCUCAGUGAAUUUGUUGGAGAGCUCCAGCAAUAACCUUCAGGUAUUCCCAGGACAUGACAGCUGGACUUUGCCAUCCUCUCCACAUGCGAAUUUGCUCUCAGUGCCUCACAGCAAGGGAACUGCCAGCCCUGGGCCCAGCCAUUACCCAUGCCUGUGGACGGUGAGCAACAGUGGUGUAAACGUUGCCAACCCAGGGAACGAGGUGAACAGCAGCCCUUCAAGCAUGUUCCUGAGGGGUAAUGUCCCCUUACCCACCGCAUCUUCAUCAGUCCAAAUCCCUCUGCAGGGAACAGUGUCUGGCAGUGUGGAAACACAAGGGGAAACCGUUCUAGCCAGACUAGCUGACUCUGCAUGGACAUCCUCACACUCCUUUUAA